AUGUCCUGCAUGAAUGUAAUUCAUAUGUAUGAUCCCCCUUAUGCAACCUUGUACUCAUAUGGUGCCUUUCAGCCAAGAAUCAAAAGCAUUGCACAAAAUGACAAGAAUGGUCUUAUACCAUAUGGAGAAUUUUAUCGUUGUUACACAAGAGCACGAGCACAAAUCCCCAACACUUACAUCCUCACUCUACUAGAACCGAGAUUGUUUGCUGGAGUUUACUCCCUGGGACCCUUAGCCAAAAGUUCCCAAGUAGAUUGGCCAAAGGGGAACAAAACCAACCUGAGGAAACAUAUCUCCAAGAUUGUUUCAUAUGCCAUCAUCAAUAUACAGGUGAUUUAUCUUCUAGUCUUUGGAUGCCUGGAAAUGAAAAAUCCGUUCAAGGAUGGCAUGUGGGGGAAUUGCAGUGGUGCAAGAGUUCCACAAGCUUCAGUAGUUGGCCAGGAGCUGACCAGCACAUUACGGUGGUCGACACCUGCUCCAUCAGGAUACCCAGGAGAGAUGCUGGUGCAGGAUUCACCAAUGGAACUCCCAGGAAAUCCCAGUAUUAAGCUAAAGCUUCUCUCUUCUGGCAGGGUACACAUAGACAAAGCCCUGCUCAGCACCACUCCCUGUGCCCACCCGCCCACAGGUCGCAUCCUCGACAUCCCCUGCAAGGUGUGCGGGGACCGCAGCUCUGGGAAGCACUACGGCGUCUAUGCCUGCGAUGGCUGCUCAGGCUUCUUCAAGCGGAGCAUCCGCAGGAACAGGACCUACGUCUGCAAGUCGGGAAACCAGGGGGGCUGCCCAGUGGACAAGACGCACCGGAACCAGUGCCGGGCCUGCCGGCUGAAGAAGUGCCUGGAAGUCAACAUGAACAAAGAUGCUGUUCAGCAUGAAAGGGGCCCACGGACAUCCACAAUAAGGAAGCAAGUAGCUCUGUAUUUCAGAGGACACAAGGAAGAGAAUGGAGCUACCCCACACUUUCCCUCUGCUGCUUUACCUGCCCCUGCCUUCUUCACUGCUGUCACCCAGCUGGAACCCCACAAUCUAGAGCUGGCUGCUGUGUCCACUACUCCAGAAAGGCAGACCUUAGUGGGACUUGCACAGCCAACUCCAAAGUAUCCACAUGAAGUCAAUGGUACACCUAUGUAUCUCUAUGAAGUGGCUACUGAAUCUGUUUGUGAAUCCGCAGCCAGACUUCUCUUUAUGAGCAUCAAAUGGGCCAAAAGUGUUCCAGCCUUUUCCACUUUGUCAUUACAAGAUCAGCUGAUGCUUUUGGAAGAUGCUUGGAGAGAACUGUUUGUUCUAGGAAUAGCACAAUGGGCCAUUCCAGUUGAUGCUAACACUCUACUGGCUGUAUCUGGCAUGAAUGGUGACAAUACAGAUUCUCAGAAGCUGAAUAAAAUUAUUUCAGAAAUACAGGCUUUACAGGAGGUUGUGGCUAGAUUUAGACAACUUCGGCUAGAUGCUACCGAAUUUGCCUGUCUCAAAUGCAUUGUCACUUUUAAAGCUGUACCUACACACAGUGGUUCUGAACUCAGAAGUUUUCGAAAUGCUGCCGCCAUUGCAGCCCUUCAAGAUGAAGCUCAGCUCACUCUGAACAGUUACAUCCAUACCAGGUAUCCCACACAACCCUGCCGUUUUGGAAAACUUUUAUUGCUGUUGCCAGCUUUACGUUCAAUAAGCCCAUCUACAAUAGAAGAAGUGUUUUUCAAAAAGACCAUAGGGAAUGUGCCAAUUACAAGACUGCUUUCAGAUAUGUACAAAUCCAGUGACAUAUAAAUUACCUUAAGAAUAAACAAUCAGGAUGGACAGUUUGAGAAGAACUUUUAUUCAUGGAGAAUAAGCCUCAACUAACACACUCUACAGGAACCAUAAGCCUGGGAAUGGUUAGCCUUUAAACUCAUUGACAAAGGAAAAGUAUCCCAGUAGAUAUGAUUCUUCUGCCUUGAACAGAGUGCUUUAGAUCAUGGAGAGAAUGCUUUUCCACACAGAUGGACUGCAAUGGAUGGAAUUUGGCUGCUUCUCCUGUUACUACAGGGUGGUAGCAAUUCAUUU